UUGCCGACGCUUAGUCUUGACAGUUUUUUUGCUUAUAUUGAUUCGUUCUUCCGCGGAGUGCCGGACUUCCGCGAUGAUAGUUCACGGCCUGGGCACCGUGAUUGUCAUAGCGACAAUCGCGGCCGGUGCCGUCAUCACCGGGCCCACCACAACACGACUACCACAAGACUCCAACUUCAUUGAUGCCAGCCAUGGAACUCCGAUUGAUACAAUGACCACUGUCCGACCCACUCAAUUUCCUUUGAUUACUUGUUUUUGCAACAUGCCAGAAUGCCUAACCCCUGCCGGUGGUGAAGGUGUUUGCUCGACUCGUUUAGGAUGUUUUUCUGAAGUUCGCACAGUUCUUCCAGAAAUGGAAGCGCCUGAUGCGAAACCUCAGGGUUUCACAGGAACUGAAUCUGCAAUCUCUGUCAAUGGCUCUGAAGUCUUUCCAAAUAUUCCUAAACUUGAUGCUGAAACUGUAACACCACGUGUCAUAUCACCUUCUUCAGAAAGAGGAUCAUACGGCUGCUUAGAUUUAUUACAUUAUUCAAAGAAACCUUGUGAUGAAAUCUUAAAAUCAAUGGAAUCGGACGCUUCUGAAUUCCCAGUCAUCCAAGCUCCUUCCAUGAACAGUGCCCAAUCUGCUUCUAACAACGCUCUCAUUUUCGCUUUCCAUUGCUGCCAAACACCAAGGUGCAAUGGAAACCAAUCUGGUCCAGCAGAAGGUUCGGUCAAGUCAGCCCAAGCCGUACUCAUCGCUGCAUUAAAAACUUACCUCGCCUUGACUGUAGAGCCAAGCACUGAAAUCGAACGGAAUGCUACAGCGCAGAAAGAAAUUGCUGACAAAUUGGCUGCAAAGUACGGAUUAACCAGUACUCAGUUUAAUAAGGAAAUAAUGGUCCUGGAGGGUCCUUCAAUGAUCGCUUUGGGUGAACCUAAAUCUCCAUCUGCCCUCAAAUCCGAGACCUCUGAAAAUGCAGAAAUCGGGUCCACCACUCCUGCUGCCCUCGCAGCCCCCGCUGCUCCCGCCACCAUCGCCACUCCUGCCGCCAUCAUCGCUCCUUUCGAGCCCGCCGCCAUCGUCGCUCCUGCCGAGCCCGCCGCCAUCGUCGCUCCUGCCGAGCCCGCCGCCAUCGUCGCUCCUGCCGAGCCCGUUGCCAUCGUCGCUCCUGCCGAGCCCGUUGCCAUCGUCGCUCCUGCCGAGCCCGCCGCCAUCGUCGCUCCUGCCGAGCCCGCCGCCAUCGUCGCUCCUGCCGAGCCCGCCGCCAUCGUCGCUCCUGCCGAGCCCGCCGCGAUGCAACCUAUAUUGCCUGACGCCGAACUGGUUCAGCAAGAAUUGCCUCAAAAUGCCACUGUUGGAAAUUUGGAGCACAUUGUUGUCAAACGUCACGACAGCCAAAGGGUCGCGCCGAUCAUGAAGCAGACCACCGAUGACCAGAGGGUCAUACACACCGGAGACUUCGACGACGACAUCGCGGCCGAGGUUGCAGCCGCUAUGGCUACAGCUAAGUCACACCCUAUGCACGACCAGCACUCCGGGUCAUCGUGGGCUCCUCGUCACGGCGGCGUGCCAGAUUUUGUACCACCUCCGGUCUUGCAGAAGGAUAACAACUCCUACUUAUCGUCCUACGUCAACAACAACUUCCUCAACGAGGACAAUGACGUAAACAAUUGGAUGCUCGGCAUAACCUGCGCCAUUGUUAUAGCGUGCAUAGUUGGCUUGACCCUGUUGAUAAUGUCUGCGUUUAGAAUGAUCCGCAGGUCGGACGUAUUCAGAAACUACCAGAGUGUGUGCAGCAACCCGGGCCAGCCGUGCGCGUGCACACCCCGCUCGAAGCCGUUCUCCUCAAGUCUCAACGCCGCGGCCGCCGCGCUACAACGGGGCUCCACCACCGCGCCGCUGCUGCCACCACCCAACCCCGGCCGCAAGAACCGCGGCGGCGGCGGCCACGCCAACGCCGGCGCAUCGUACAACGACUCGAUGGGCGACACGACGUACGUGUUGACUCGCAUACCCAACAACGUGGCACCGCUCAUACCGGUGGUCCGCCGUUAGCGUUCCACAAGUUAAGUAUGUCCAAAGCGCUCGCAUAGGAGACUGUACCUAUUAUUGUUGUCGUGUUAUAUUAUAUAAUGUUAUUGUGUGCGCUAUUGAUAUAUGUAUAUAUUAUAUAUUGUGUGUGAUUACGUAUACAUAAUAAAUUGUUGUGCCGAAAAUGACGACGAC